UUUGUUUGCAUCUAAUGAUUAUUUCCACAAGACUACAAUGCACAACAAUAUCUCGAGAAAUAUACAUCAUAGUCGUGUUGGAAUCCUCAUGCAAGGAUCAGGGAUCACCAGCGAACGCCUAAGGAUUUUAUCAUCGUUAUUGACAUUCCCCCCAUUUCCAAAUCGCCUCUAUAGAUGGGAGUGGUUAUCCGGCGGCAGGGCCUUAUAUCACUAUGCAGCUACACAGUGGGGUCAUCAUGCACGUAGUGCUGUUGAAGAGAUGGUCAUUCCGGAUUAGCUGGUGGCUACUGUUGAACUCUUGGACCUUGACACGUGUCCAUACUUUGAGUUCGCCUCCGCUUUGUCCCUCACCAAUAGCAGCUUGACAAUCUCCUCAUGCCCCUCCUUAGCUGCUUUCAAGAGCGGUGUUUGACCGUCAUUAUCCUUCGAGUUCACCUGCACUUUGUUCAUUGCCAACAGCAACUUGACAAUCUCCACAUGCCCCUCCGAAGCUGCGUGCAUGAGCGGCGUCCAACUGUCAUUAUCCUUCGAGUUUACUUUCACUUCGUCCCUUGCCAACAGCAGCUUGGCGAUGUCU